AUGGUGAACGUCUUGGUGAAUGACGGAUCAAGUGUAGGUGCUUAUACACUUGAUCUGGUUACACCUCCGAAGUCAGCUUCGAAGGUAAUCAAGUUGCCAAUGCUAGAAUCUAAAAGAUUCUUGCGAGAUCUGCGUAGUGGCAAGAUCAAGCAGAUCUGCGUACUCGUCACCGAGGACGAGUACGUCGCCGAUAUUCGGUCAGCGCAAGUGUUUGCUGAGAACGAAGAGGUUAUCAGUAGCUCAUCGAUGGACGAGAGUGUCCUCGAUGAGAGGACUCAGAUUGAGCGAUACAAGCCUCAAUAUUGGGAGUCUUUGAAGACAAAUCCUUUGUAUAAGGAUUUGGUUGGAUUCAGGGAUGUUUUCCCUGAAUCCGUGCCAUGCGAGCUGUCUAAGGACAAAGGCACUCGGCAUGAGAUCGAACUGAAACCCAAUUCGAAGUACUGUGUCAUGAAGCAGUGGCUGCUGCCUCGUGAACAGGUCACAGCAAUCGACAAGUUCUUUGCCGAUCGUUUAGCUGCGGGCCAUGUGAGGGAAUCAACUUCCCCACAUAGCUCUCCGACCUUCUGUGUGCGAAAAGUAACAGGAGGGUGGCGGAUAGUGCACGCGUUCAACAAAUCGAACGCUGCAACGGUACCGGCUCAGACGCUGAUGCCGAGGAAGUACGUCAUCAUAGAUGGUAUGGCAAAAGUACCAUCGUUUCAUACAUGGAUUUGA